UUUUAUUUCAGAUAUAUAUAAAUAUAUAGCAAAAGCAAACAAAUUAUCAUAACAGAUUAAUUUUAGCGAAAUAUUUCUUUCAUUACAAAAUUAUUAUUAGAAAUGUUUCUUAAAGGUAUUUUAAAACCAAAUUUUAAUAAUAAAGGAUAAAAUUUUACAAAAAGCUUUUUGCAUCUAAAUUAAUAUAAUUUUAGCAGAUCUUUGAAUUUAAAUCUCCUUUCUGAUGUUGUUUCAAGCUCUGAAUUUAUUGGAAAAUUUAAAGGAGAAGAUAAGCUGAAAGAUAUCAAAGAACUAACUUAUAUAGAUAGAGAUAUUAGUCUUAAUGGAAAAAAAAUAAUGGCAACAAUAAAAAACCCUGUUUUUUAUGAUUUUACAGCAAAAAAUAUUUAUUCACCAGACACUAAAGUUUCAUAUUUAUUCCAAAGCGACUUUUUUGUAGCAUCAUAGGAUGAUGGCAAAAUUAUAGCUAUUUUAAAAAAUGAUCCUUUAGAUAAAUCAAAAGAAUACUCCUAUGAUCAGUAUUUGCUAAACGAAGUAUGUAAAGGAUUCAACUUAAACCCUUAGGAGUAGCACAUCUUAUCAGAUUAUGUAACACGUUUUUCUGAAUAACUAACAUAAUCUGUUUAUAAAUAAGUUGAUAGAGAUUUUAUAUCUUUAGUUAAUUAAAAGGUGUUAACUGAGCUUUCUUUGAAUUAAAAAUACAAAGAGGAAAUCUAUAACAUAAUUUAUAAUACUUUAAACAAAAAGCUUUAGAGAUAAUUAUAAAAAUAAAAGGAGUUGUUUGAAGUUAUUGACAAAAAAUCUAACAAAUAUAUGAAAAGAAUAUUCUAUAUAUCUGCUAGUAAAAUUUUAGCUCUCUAAUAUUGCACAUAUGUUCUCCUAUCUUGGGAUAUUAUGGAACCUAUUACUUGUCUUUUUGGAAUAUUCGAUAUUGGUUUAGCUUACUUUUUUUGGUUAGUUACCCAUAAGGACUUCGAUUAUUUGAAUUUAAGAGAAAGAUACAUUUAAAAAAAAUAAAACUCUAUUGAGAACUACCUCUAACAAGAAUACAUUGAUGAUUUACAAAGUCUCGUUAAUUAUGUCAACUAAUUGAAGACAAUGGAUUCUCCUAAUUUAUAAGAAAUUUUAAACCAACUUUGA